UAUUAUAUUCGGUGUUAGGUUUUUAUAUGCUUGAUUGAUACUCAUAAUAAAUUUUAACUACAUUGUUUAUACGUAAUUUGACGUUCACUUACAUCUUGUUAUCCUAAUAACGGUUAAGCUUAAUAAUAACUGGUUUCCAUUUACUCAACAAAGUAACUUUUACAAUGAGUUCAUCUCCUAACUCCGACGAAGAUAGGAAAAUUGAGUUCAACCCAUUACUACUGACUGGUAACCGGAAAAGUGCAUUUCUACCGUACAAGCCUACGAAUACAGUGCUAACGAACUUACAACGGGGUAAUACCGAGGCAAACAUUGCUAGUGAAAUAUGUUUGAAUUUUCACGAAAAAACGGGCCAAGGUGAAAUAACAGAAGAACAAGUACGCACGGAAAAGUUGGUGGACGCUGUGGAUUCAAAUAACUUGACCCCUCUACAUUGGGCCUGCUACUAUGGGCAGCUUGCAGCUACUCAGAUAUUGAUCAACGUACUUUUCAGUUGCGGUGCAGAAGUUAAUCGACAGGCCACUGAUAUGGUUACUCCGCUGCUUCUUGCCAGUGCAGGUGGUCAUCACGAAAUCGUCCGACUACUACUUCAGAAGGGUGCGAAAGUGAACCAUAUGGAUGUGGUGGGUAAUACCGCCCUGAUGUAUGCCGCGGCUGGAAAUCACCCACACACAUGUAAUGAGUUACUCAGUAGAUGCGCAAGAUUUACCGACAGUAACGAAGACGGCGAGACCGCCUACAGCUUGGCAUUGAAAAAUCAAGCUGGUUUGUCACAAGCCGUACUGGAAAACUACAUUACGGCAUUGUUGAUGUCCUAGCUAGUCAAACUAUGGAAAUUCACCGGAUAUAUUGACAAAUGAUUGAUAUAUUGAAGUUUGUCUGGAUUUGAUUAGUCAUAAGUCAAGAAAAAAAAGGCUUAUAUUCGGCAGAUCAUGUUCUGUGUAAUUGUACCUGUUUAUCUAUGUAAAUAUUUUGAAAUAUUUUAUCACAAUUAUCAUUUCAAUCAAUAACUCAAAAACUUUGUUUCACUUCUGUAAUUUUAUAUACACACUAAGAUUUAAUUCCUUUGUUCGGUAAUAUUUUUGACGAGAAAUUUCGGUAAUCUAUAGAAAUGACCGAUAUUUCGGUACAUGAGUUUUAUUUCACAAUAAUUAUGCAAUUUUUUACCGUACGAUCAGUUUUACGUAAAUUUUUCAUUACAGAAUUUUGUAAAUAGAUAUACAAUUCAUACGGUAAAUCUGAAUAGUCGCCGAGUACGGAAAACAUACUGUCCGUAUGGUAAAGUUAUCUUCCAAUAACCGAACUUCUGUGAAAACAGAUUGUCGUGAAACUAACUGUCAAACAAUCAAUAAUUUUUUCACUAAGUGUCUUUUUAUUAACCAAACGAAAAAUAUCUUGAAGAAUUCAUCGAAUGGAUUGAGAUACAGGUACCAACAAUUUCAAAACUUUUUUAAAUUUUCCAACUGAAAAUUUCUUCCUACACGAAGUAGGGAUUUUUUUAUAUUUUUUUUUUAACUCUCGUUUUCCCUUGUGGAAAACGAGCUCCUUCCAAACGAAGGGAUUUCUUUCUUCUCGUCAAAAAGAAACACGAGUUGUUUCCUAACUAAAAACAGACUACUUUAUUAUUUCCAUCUUACAUCUAUAUGUACACUUUUCUUAUUCUAUUACUACACUUCAAACCUCAAAAGGGACAGACAAAUAUGCUAAUUUUACCUGCUGAUUUACCUUUAUCUUUGCGCGUCUCAAUAGACCAAUUGAUAUGGGUUUUCCCAUUCAGAGGAGAUGCAAAAGAAAUAAUAUAUUUAUUUCCUGUCUAUACUGUGCGCCGAUUUUGUCUAGACGCUACAUCCUAACAAAACAUUAUACAAAUUUUAUAACUCAGCCUAUUAUUCUAGGAUCGGCCUGAUUUUACGAUUCUACUUACGGCCGUCUUGUCAGAAGAAAUCUUCCAUAAAUAUUAAAAUUAAUUAGAGCGUCCGCGACAUUCCGGGGCCCGUAAAUCAUCCGCAUGGUGAUUUACCGAUUUAACUCAAUUGUUACAUGAUUGAUUCUUCAUUUAGAUUAGAUCUCCUCAUUUGUAGCAUACUUAUAAGUGACUGUGGCAUUUCUAACAUGUUUUGUUGAUUAUUACUAUUGCUACUCUGUCUUCUAUUUCUUCUAAAAUAUAUGUAACAGAAUAUAAUGAUUAACGUAAUUAUGAUUGUACUAGUCGCUCCUCCUAAAGCAUAUAAAUGUUUUUCAUAUGGACGGUUUUCUGAAACCCUUUCAUCUAUGAUAUUUACUUCUUCAUACGGAUUUUUAGGUAACGUCAUGUUACUUUUAACUAAUUUCUUUUGAUUAACUUCAAUUUCGUAAGGUAACUGAUCGAUAGAUUUAAAGAAUGAUUUAGUUCUAUAGUUUACGCCUGUCAUUUGUGCAUACCAAACCUGCUUUUUUGCCAAAAUUUUACAAUCGGAAGUUAAUUCCACCAUAGCAACCUUGUACGGAGGAUUUAUAAUCACAUUAUCACAAUGAACAAUUAUGUUCCUUGGUUCGUUUGUUAUAUAAACAACCGUAUUUUGAUUGUUCAUUGGUAUUAGCUGAACAUAAGUUUCAUUUAGCUUUUUCGACAAACAUUUUUCUUUUGUAACCUUAUGAAGGAUGGCAGCCGC